AUGACGUUUCAUCUGAAUAGGUGGGAUGGUCACAAGAUACUCUGUUCCUACCUUCGCUGUCGAAUUCACGAAGUAGAUGUCUCCACGAAAACCAACAUUCUGGAAAUCCAUGAAGACACAGAACAAGUUUUGGACCACGACCUGCAGCAAGGGGGGAGUGUUAAAGGAGUGCGAAAGAGAAGAAACAGAGAGAAAGAAAAGAGAAAAAGGGAAUCAGAGAGAGCUGAAGAAGAGAGAAAGAAUAUGGAAAAGAAGAAAAAGGAGAAGGAUGAGGACAAUAUUCGCGCCUCCAAUGAUAUAUUAACUGACCACGUGAUGUCGUACUUGAGCAAGUAUAUCGGGUAUGAAUGGGCGCUCCUUGCUUUUAACUUGGGUCUCACAAGGUCCGAUGUUGCUCAGAUAGACAGGAAGUACACGGGACAUAAACAGAAAUCUUACCAGAUGCUUUUGUUGUGGUUGAAACGACACUCUAGUGACUCCAAGCGGUUAUUGAGUUUGGUUUCUUCACUGGAGAUUUGUGGACGCAAAGACCUUGCGCAGAAAAUCCACUGCGCUCAAUGGUCGGAACAAGAUUUCAACAGGUUAGAAAUGCCACAGACUUUCCCGAUGAUGGUUCUCAUCAACAAAGUUCGACCCAAAAGUCGUUCCUUAGCUUUCCCUCCAAUUAACGACUUAAACCCAUCAACUUGCGAACCUGUUCAUUCUCUUAGUCCGCGUUUCGUACAAGUUAUGUAAUGCAUGACCAGAUAGGUCGUCGUUGGAAGCCUUCCUACAUUUAUAUUUUAUUAGACCUAUAUAGUUUAAAUGAGCUUCUCGGACCUAUUUAAAUGUACCCCCUUUAAAGACAUUUUUGUUUGUACCUGUACUGCUUUUGGGUGGUUUUAAAAUGCUAAAACUCGCUGUGUAUUGUUUAUUGCAUUUUUGAUAAAAUUAACAGUGUACGCUUGUCAAAUACAAAGUGUUUAUUAACCAAGCAAAUUAAUUAAAAUAAAAAGCUGUUUGAUUAUUACACAUUGGUCCCCCUAAAAUAACAGGGAUGUUAUUUCUAUGCCAACACAAGUAUUGGUAUUAAAUUGGAUGCUACUAAAGUCUUCUAUUAUUUUAUUUCAAAUUUUAUGCUAUUUUUUAAGCUUUUAACGGGUUUUAAGGAUACCUUUAAAUACCAAUACUUACGAUACAUCAAUUAAAUUUGAAUAUAUCCGUCUUUAAGAUAAAAUGUUAAUCUUAAAAUAUUUUAUCUAUUAUUAAUCAGCUAAGCAUUGCACCUGGUAUCAUCUAUUUUAUCCACAGUGCCAAAAAUGCAAAUGGCCUAGCUGAAACUUUUGUAAAUUGUGAUUCUUAUUUUUUCGCUUGCAGGCUACAGUUUGAGCUAGGGCGUUAAAUUAUUAAUACAAUGCAGAUUCAAGA